AUCCUCCUCCUCCUCCUCCUCCUCCUCCUCAUCCUCUGCUCUUCUUCUUCGAGCGAGAAAGCCGCGGAUUGACGUGUCGCUCGAGAGAUAAAAAGAAAUUCAUCAUCAAGCCGGCAAGAAAAGAAUGCGGGUGAUUUUCACCGGGACACGCCGUCGUGCAGUGACCAACUAAGCGCCUGGAUGCGGCAAGGCUCACGCGUGGUCCCGCUAAGCCUCCACCGCCGCCUCCUACUCCUACUCCUCGUCCGCCUCCGCCUCCGCCUCCGCCGCCGCCUCCGCCUCCGCGCUCCGUCGGCCGGCUACAUGCGCGCCGAUGCCCGGCCUGCUCCCCUCCAGGAGCCCGCAUGGAAACCGGGGACCAGAAUUUCCGGAGGAAGAGCAAGCAACUAAGCAGGCUGUGCUUUGAUCUCCAUCUUCUUCGGCUUCUCCUUUUCUUGGAUGGAUUAUUUUGACAUGUGGUGAGGGGCGUCCACGGUGGGCUUCUUUUCAAAAUGGCAGUUUUGCACACAUAGAGUUCGAUAGCAUAUGCGAUUCUCGCUUGGUUUGUUUUUUCCAUUUUUGAGGGGUGUCAAAAGUGACAACCGAGUGAGAGCUUGCAACCUGAUGUGUAGGUGGCCCGUUUUCCAGAACCGAUGGCGGUCCAUGUGCAAGCUCGUGAAGUUUCUACUGUUGUGUAUGUGUGUGUGUGUGUGUGUGUGUGUGGGUGGGUGUGUGGGUGUGUGUGUUUGUAAGUGCAUGUGCUAGAUUCGCUUAGUUUAGCUUCCGAAAAAGGGGCACCAAUCGCGUUAUUGGGGGUUUGGUCUUUCAAGGGCUUCCAAAGUAGGCCUCCCUCCUGUGAGAUCAACUUUUUUUUUUAGGUCGGUCACUUGUUCCACUUUGGCGUCUCUUUGACCGCCCCCCCCCUAAACCCCGCCCCCUUCAAAGGUGUGCCUAUUUUUUCUCACCUGGUCAGCGACCCCCCGCCCAAAACCAACCAUACGAUUUCCCCCGAGCUCCCCUAAUUCCCCCGCCCCCCCUGCGGCCCCCCGCCGCCGCCACCCGCCCGCCGCCGCCGCCGCCCACCCCCCCUUUUUCGAGCUGGCGUGGCGACGCAAACUCACAAAUAUUUACUUCCUGUACGUGAAGAGGAAAGGGGGCCCCCCUUUCGUGGAAUGCGGCAACAUGGGCGUGUUUGACCGCGGGGUUCAGAUGCUGCUGACCACGGUGGGGGCCUUCGCCGCCUUCAGCCUCAUGACCAUCGCCGUGGGCACGGACUACUGGCUGUACUCGCGCGGCGUCUGCAAGAUCAAGAGCAACAACGAGAACGAGACCAGCAAGAAGAACGAGGAGGUGAUGACGCACUCGGGCCUCUGGAGGACCUGCUGCCUGGAAGGUUCCUUCAAAGGCAUGUGCAAACAGAUAGAUCACUUCCCGGAGGAUGCCGACUAUGAGGCUGACGCUUCAGAGUACUUCCUACGUGCAGUGAGAGCCUCCAGCAUCUUCCCCAUCAUGAGUGUGAUCCUACUAUUCAUGGGGGGGCUCUGCAUCGCCGCCAGCGAGUUCUACAAGUCGCGCCACAACAUCAUCCUCAGCGCUGGCAUACUCUUUGUCUCUGCAGGCUUGAGUAACAUCAUCGGCAUCAUCGUGUACAUAUCAGCCAAUGCCGGCGAUCCGUCCAAAAGCGACUCCAAGAAAAACAGCUACUCCUACGGCUGGUCCUUCUACUUCGGCGCUCUCUCCUUUAUCAUGGCCGAGAUGGUGGGCGUGCUGGCCGUGCACAUGUUCAUCGACCGCCACCGGGAGUUGCGCGUGGGCGUGCGGGCCGCCGACUACCUCCAGGGCGCCGCCAUCACGCGCAUCCCCAGCUACCGCUAUCGCUACCGCCGCCGCUCACGCUCCUCGUCCCGCUCCACCGACCCGUCACACUCCCGCGAAGCCUCACCGGUGGGCCUCAAGGCCUUCGGGACGCUGCCCUCCACCGAGCUGUCCAUGUACACGCUGCCCAAGGGCCAGACAGGCACGCCCACGGCCACCUAUAACUCCACGGAGAGGGACCACAACUUCCUGCAGGUCCACAACUGCAUCCAGAAGGACCUAAAAGACUCCAGCAACCCAGCCAACCGACGUACCACACCUGUAUGAAACUGACAGACGCUUCCAAAGGGAGACUUUGGGCGGGGGGGGGGGGG